CUAUAGUAGACAUCUGCAUAUACAGCCAAGCAGAUUCAGCGCAGUAAGGAAUACAAUGGCUAAACUGGUCCAGCUUCCACCCAAGUUCCUUCCUAAAGAGUGGAAUAUUGCAAACAAGACAUGCUAUGCCAGAGCAGAGUCUCAAAGAUCCAGAUCUGAGAGACUGGUCGCAGAGAGCCAGAGACUAGUUGAUGAGAUUGAAAAGACAACUCAGAACUCGCAAAAGGAUGUCAACAAAAAACUAGAUCAAAGGUUGGAGGAGAUACAGUUCUGGAAGAAGGAGUUAGACAGCAAGCUGGAAGACACUGUCAAUGAUAUAGCACAGCUGCUGGCAUAUAAAAUUCGACUUGAAAAAGCUCUUGAAAGUUGCAAAGAACCCUUGUCUAUAGCACAACAAUGUCUAAUAGAACGAGAGAAAAGAGUUGGCAUUGACUUGGUUCAUGACGAGGCAGAACGGGAACUCAUCAAAGAAGUAGAAGUGAUCCAGGGAGUAAUGACUUUAUUAGAGCGCACAAUAGAACAAAUUACAGAGCAAAUCAGAAUGAGCCGUUCAGCUAAAUAUUCACUGGAGAAAGACCUGAAAGACAAAUUCCAAGCGCUUAAAAUUGAUAACCACUGCGCAGGUUUAACAAACAACAGUCCUGACAUUGACUACAGUGCUAAUACCGUGAGAAUCGAAGCAAAUUCUGUGACACCCAUUGAAUGGGAGGAUUACACCAAUACUAACAUUUUAAAAGCUGAGAAACAGAGGAACAAUGCAAUAGCGCUCCGAUCUUUGAUUGAUGGCAUCUUGUCUGAGACAGCCAGUGACAUAUGCAAGCAGUGCGACACAGCGACCUACGCCCUGAAAAAUCGCAUACAGGAGACAAAAGAUGCUAAAAAUAAGUUGGAAGAGCAUCUGGCUAAGGUAAUGGAUGAGAUCAGCUCACAGGAGAAAAACAUAGAAAUCUUAAAGAAAGCCCUAGCAGACAAAGAAGGACCCAUGAAAAUGGCACAAACACGCCUGGAUACAAGAACCUUACGCCCCAAUGUGGAGCUGUGCCGAGACCCUGUUCAGUACAGGCUCAUCAAUGAAGUUCAAGAGAUAACAACAAAUGUAGAACGACUGCGUGAAACUUUGGCCCAGGCAGAGGCUGAACUAAAAGCUUUGAACCGUAACCAGCUUUCUCUAGAAGAAGAAAUCCAAGUAAAAGAAAAUUCCAUCUACAUUGAUGAAGUGAUAUGUAUGCAGAUGAGAGAAGCCAUUUCUAUUAAUGCUUUCUAGUACAGUCUUAUCAGUAGGGGAUGUUUUCCAGACCCCACAUUGUGAUGGAUAAUGACAUAAACAUUAAAGAGCAAUCUGUGCAA